AUGCAGGGAGCCAGGGUGCCGCUGCUGCUGCUGCUGCUGGGCCUCAGGCUACAGGUGACCCAUGCCAUCAUCCCAGUGGAGGAGGAGAACCCGGCCUUCUGGAACCAAAAGGCGGCCGAGGCCCUGGAGACCGCUAAGAAGCUGCAGCCCAUUCAGACGGCGGCCAAGAACCUCAUCCUGUUCCUGGGGGACGGGAUGGGGGUGCCCACAGUGACCGCCACCAGGAUCCUGAAGGGCCAGAUGCAGGGCCAGCUGGGGCCGGAGACGCCUCUGGCCAUGGAUCAGUUCCCGUACAUGGCGCUGUCCAAGACGUACAACGUGGACAGACAGGUGCCAGACAGUGCGGGCACGGCCACCGCGUACCUGUGCGGGGUCAAGGCCAACUACAGGACCAUCGGGCUGAGCGCAGCCGCCCGCUACAACAACUGCAGCACAGCCCGGGGCAACGAGGUCCUCUCCGUGAUGUACCGCGCCAAGAAAGCGGGGAAGUCUGUCGGCAUAGUGACCACCACCAGGGUACAGCACGCCUCGCCGGCCGGCACGUAUGCACACACCGUGAACCGGAACUGGUACUCGGAUGCCGACAUGCCCGCCUCAGCGCUCCAGGAAGGCUGCCAGGACAUCGCCACGCAGCUUGUCUCCAACAUGGACAUUGACGUGAUCCUGGGCGGGGGCCGCAGGUCCAUGUUCCCCAGGGGGACCCCAGACCCGGAGUACCCAGAUGAUGUCAGCCAGGCAGGAGUCAGGCAGGACGGGAAGAACCUGGUGCAGGAGUGGCUGGCGAAGCACCAGGGGUCUCGGUACGUGUGGAACCGCACAGAGCUCCUCCAGGCGUCGCAGGACCCGGCUGUGACUCGCAUCAUGGGCCUCUUUGAGCCCUCAGACAUGAAAUACGAUGUCAACCGAGACCCUGAACUGGACCCCUCCCUGGCGGAGAUGACAGAGGUGGCCGUGCGCCUGCUGAGCAGGAACCCCCUCGGCUUCUACCUCUUUGUGGAGGGGGGCCGCAUCGAUCAAGGCCACCACGAGAGCAGGGCUCAUCUUGGGCUGACUGACGCUGUCAUGUUUGACUCUGCCAUUGACAAGGCUGGCCAGCUCACUAGCGAGCAGGACACCCUGACCCUCAUCACCGCUGACCACUCCCACGUCUUCACAUUUGGGGGCUACACCCUGCGGGGAACCUCCAUCUUUGGCCUGGCCCCCUCCUUGGCCUUAGACUUUAAAAACUACACCUCUAUCCUCUAUGGAAACGGCCCAGGCUACCCGCUGACCUCCAGCAGGCCUGACGUCAGCGACAGUGAGACUGGUGACCCCAACUACCGGCAGCAGGCGGCCGUGCCCCUGGCCUCAGAGACGCAUGGUGGCGAGGACGUGGCGGUGUUCGCGCGCGGCCCGCAGGCGCACCUCAUGCACGGGGUGCAGGAGCAGAGCUACAUCGCGCACCUCAUGGCCUUCGCGGGCUGCCUGGAGCCCUACACCGCCUGCGACCUGCCGCAGCCCGAGGACCCCGAGCCGGUGGGGGCGGGGCGCGUGUGUGGGGAUGGGGGGUCGGGGACACACGGUGACACAGCCCUGCACAAGGGCCGGAGUCUCGAGGUCCAUCUGCGAGACCCUGCGUCCUGGGCCGGGCUGCCGUGGGUAGGGGCGCUCGACAGCCCCGGGCGCCUGGGGAGGGCGCUGGAGAGGAGCAGCCGCAGCCCCUUAGCAGCCCCCUAG